AUGACUUAUUAUAAUCAGAAUUGUGGUGAUGGUGGUUAUCCUCGUCAUGUUGAUGAAAUGUCGUCGUCGAAACAUCGUUAUACACAUCAAAAUUUUCAUUAUCGUGGACGUAACAGUUCGUAUGGUACAGACGUGCGGUAUCGUCCAGAUGGUUUAAUGAAUGGUAACAGACAAAAUUUUCAAACUAAUGGAAGUCAACAAUACCGUGGGCAUAUGAGAGUCUUCAAUAACAGUCGUGGUAGACCAAGGCCGAAUGGUCAAUCUUAUCCUCAUAAAUAUCAGUCACAACAACAACAGCAACAACACUAUCUUACGAAGUGGUGGAAAAUAUCAAUACCAGGAGCUGGACAAGUUGGAAAAGAUCGAGUAUUGUCAACAUUAAAAGUACAUUUACCAAGACCUUUUCAGCAUUAUAACUAUUUUAUUGAACGAGAUACAAAUAAAGGCAUAUUUUUUGUCAAUAGUAAAGAAGAAGCUGAUAUGCUUAAACGAGCGAGCGGGAAAAUACUUAUUCAAAAUUCUGAAACACUAAUUAUUAUUGUUGGUCCUAUAAAAUUUCCAGCACCGUAUUUGGAUGAAGAUUUAAUAUGUCAUUUUCGAGAUUUUAUCCGUACACGAUUUAAUAUUAACACAAACACAUUGAAUUUAUCUAAUCUAGCCAAUGAUGAGGCUUUGAAUAACCUUGGGAUCUAUCCACAAUUGAGUAAACAACAAUUUGUACAAGAUCUUGUCAAUAUAAUCAAUAAAGAGAUGUCUAUGACACGUUUCUUGGAUUUAAGUCAUAAUGAUAUAACAAAUCUAAAUGAAUUUCAAAAUUUGAAAUUGCCCCAUCUUGAGCACUUAAAUUUAUCAUUGAACAAACUUGAUGAUAUUGAUGAACUAAAGUAUUUGAAAAGUUUCCAUUCAUUAUCAAAUUUACAUUUGAAAGAAAAUUCGAUUCAACAAUCAUUAAAAAGCGAUACCAAUUUAAUCAGUUUCUUGAAUAUCUCAGUUGCAUUUGUUUGGACAUUAUAUUUUAGUGCUGUACGGCAAAUACUACCACAAUUAAAAUAUUUGGACGAUAAUGAAUUAUCGGCUAUAAUUCAUUUUGCCACUGAUAUUAAUAUCAUUCAAUUACCGGAAAGCAAACCAUAUUAUGUACCCGAUCAUCUAAAAACUUCUUUUGAUGGUAUCUUGAGUCUGAUUCAAGAAUAUUAUCGAUUGUUUGAUACACGUUCUCGUGAAGAUUUACAUUCAUGUUAUCAUGAAAAAUGUAUAUUUUCAUUGUGCAUCUCAAGACCAUCUUACGAUUGUGGAAUACAAACAUGUCAAUAUACAUAUGGUCAACAAAUAUGCGACAGUCGAAAUUUAAAAUGUAACGAUGACAUAUCUAUACGAUCUAUAAAAUCGUCAAAAUAUGCUCGACAUAUGGAACUAUUAAAAUUUGGAAAACAAGCCGUACUCGAUUAUUUAAGAAUAAAAUUUCCCGCAACAAAACAUGAUCUAAGUUCAUUUCAUGUUGAUAUUAUUUCUUCAUCGAAAUCAAGAUCUAUAUUUACAAUCAAUGGAUUAUAUCAAGAAAUUGACAGCGUUGGACAACCGAUACGUUGUUUUCAACAAACAUUGACAAUGGUUCAUAGCUUGAAUCGUUCUCUUAUUAUAUGUGAUCAUUUGCUCGUGGUAAAUGCCACAAACGAUCAAGUCAUGAAAAUGAAUAAAUCUGAUUUAUUACUACCCACACAAACGUUACAGUCUUCAUCGAUUCAAUUAUCUCACAGUAUGUCGUCUGAUGAACAACAACAACAAUUAAUUGAAGAUCAGAAUCAAGAUCGUCAACAAAUGAUAUUAAAAUUUUCAACAGAAUCUGGAAUGAAUCAGCAGUACUCAAAACUAUGUUUGGAACAAAAUAACUGGGAUUUUAACAAAGCAGCACAAGUAUUUAUACAAUUCCAGACUACAAUGAUCAAUAAAAUUCAAAGAAUCCAACAUAAUGAUUAUGAGAUUUUGAAGCAAUCUUUACAACAGUUUUCUAUUAGUCAUAAACGUUUAGUUAGCCGAAAACCUACUCAAAUUGAAGAAAAUGAAGAAGAGGAGGAGGAUGACGAUGAUGAAGAAGAAAAUGACGAAAAUGAAGAUCAAAUUUUGAAGGGCCUCAAUCGUAAUUUAUUGCCAAAAGGUUAUAAAAUUAUUAUAAAAUAUAUUAGUUCAUUGAGAUUAGAUUUAAUUUGUUCAUCUGGAACUGGCAUAGGUAGAAGUCAAAUAGAAGAAGAAUUUUAUGGUUCAAAACUACGAAUAAAUGGUGAAAAAUCAACAAAAAAAGCACAACAAGUGAAAGAAGGUGAUGUUAUUGAUCUUGUCAUGGCUCGUCUUGAAGGUGCUAAAUAUCAGACAAAACGCAUUAUUCUCUAUAAAAUAUUUAAUGAAAAGACAUUGAAAGGAAAAGUGAAAGUGUGUCUGAUUACUUGGCGUAGUGGAGUAAUUGUUGACGGUUCGAAAUGGUCUUAG